UCGCCCGGCAGCGGUUGAGGAAGGAGUAGAAGCAAGAGGAGGAAGCGGUCGGUGGCCCCGCAGGAACGAGCAGGCGAUGCAGGGCCCUCGGUUGCUGCUCGGCAGUGCGCGCCGCUGGAUCCUCGGGUCCACGGAAGCUGCGCUGUGGGGUUUGCAGUCAAUGAAAGGAAAUUGCAACAAGUUUUGUACUACUGUUUUUAAAGGUGUCACUUAUAAGGAACUUAAAAACCUCUUGAAGUCCAAAAAAGUUAUGUUAAUUGAUGUUAGAGAACCAUGGGAAAUUCUUGAGUAUGGAAAAAUCCCCGGGUCUGUCAAUAUACCAUUGGAUGAGGUAGGUGAGGCUCUACAGAUGAACUCAAAAGACUUCAGAGAGAAGUACAAUGAAGUAAAGCCAGCCAAAUUUGACAGUCUAGUGUUUUCUUGUUUAGCUGGAGUGAGAAGCAAGAAGGCUGUGGACACGGCAAUAUCUCUGGGCUUUAAUAGUGUUCAACACUAUGCUGGAGGAUGGAAAGAAUGGGCAACCUACGAAUAUUCUGAGAAGAAAAAAGAAAACUGAAUUUUGGAAUACAAACCGGCACUUACCUUGUGUACAUGCAGCCUCACAUAGUGCAAUAAGCAAAAGAAUAAAAACGGAGCUCUGGCACCACUGGCUAAUGGGAAGGGGAUUUUUGUGUAAGUCAAUUAUUUGUUGAAUCUUUCUCAACUGUAAAUUGAGAAUACGACUUCUCCGUCUAGUUCCCAAGGCUACUGAGGAGUGAGAUAAUUUAAGUGACUUGCCAUGAAAUAUAAGGGUUGGGAUUCUAGGAAUUGAUUUUUAAAUAGUUUAGUAUAGUUCAAUAGUAUUCCAAAGGACCAAGUUACUUGUGUUAGUACACCUUCUGUGUGUCAGAGGCUAGGAGCUAGACCAGUACACUAACAGAGUAAAACACCAAAAGUCUGGGAUCCUUCUAAGGAGGUGAAAUAUGAACAAUGAAAAUACAUUAACAGCAUCCAAAGACUAUGGCAGCGUUGUGACCAGCAUGGUAGUGAUACAAUUUUCAACUUAAAAAUUAGUAUGAUCUACAGGGACUGAAAUCAGAACAGUGGUUGCUUCUGUGGAGGAAAGAUUAACUGGAGAAGGCAAGGAAGGAAAUUCUAGGGUGAUAGAAAUGCCCUGUAUCUUGAGGUGUUGGUGCAUAGGUAUAUGCAUUUACCAAAACGCAAUGAAGUGAACAUUUGAAAAUACAUAUUUUCAACUGAGCAUUGCUAGAUGGGAAGGAGCGGUGAGGAUAAGGGGGAAGGUGAGGGGAUUAGAAAGCACAAUUGGUAACUAGAUUACCAGGGAUAUGAAAGUCAAUUUGGGAAAUGUAAUCAAUAAUGUUGUAA